CCAACACUGCAGUCAUCCAAUCCAUUCAAGAAGGGCUCAGACUCUAGUGUAUCAAAAGCUUUUUAAAAUCAUACAAUAUAGCUACAACUAUCAAAAUUACAAAUAAGUGAAAUAUUACUAUAUUCUAAAUUUGAGCGUCAAAUUUUUGCAAUUAGCCAUUUAAUUAAAAUAAAUAAACGUAAGAGUUUAUCGAUCGCUUAGCCAAACUCUGAGUAAGUAAUUAAAAUAAAUAAAUUAAAAUACUUUAUAGGUUUUUACAAAUUCUCCUUAGUGGCAAGGACCUCCUUUUAAGCAUAAUAUAAAGAAUUUCACAGCCUUUAUGUAUGCUGAGAGGUAAAUCAAAUAAUAAUUUAGAAACAGAAAGUUCGUAAUAAUAGCAGAUGUACUCAUAACUUGUAAUAUUAUUAAAAAAGUGUCAAAACGGCUUCGAUUAUAUUUACGCUUACAUAAAUUAAGUUGCAUGCGGCGGUUUAUGACGACUGAACAAUAGGAGUGUUAAUUUUUUUUGUAAAUAAUAAUGAGACUAAAUUUUGCAAAUUCAACUUUCUUUACAAGUAAAAGCUUUCUACGGUGUAGAGUGUAACGCGCUACGACCGCGGGCGUAGCACGUCAGUCAAAAAAAAGCAGGGGAGAGAGGAGUGUCGGAGCCGGUGGGUCGAGCCCGCGCGUGUGCCACCCGCGCGUAUUUAUUCACAAGGCCACUGUCGCGCCGUGCCAGUGCGCAUGCGACGUUCGCACGCGGAGUACGACCUGCGCUCACACCGUACCACCGCGAACUCAGCUUCGACGUACGCGCACAACACAUGUUGUUUCCGAUUCACUUUUUAACAUAAACAUCACCGUAAAUCGUUCACAAUGAUGACUAUACUUUCUAACUCGAAGUUACUUUGGGGGUUGUGGCAAGUGGUGACGUAUUGCUCCUCGCGGACGACCCUGCCAUUGAUGCUGACGGUCUGUGUGGCUUACCUGGUGAUGCGGCUCAUGAACUCAGUGCGCGAAUACCGCAAGCUGCCGCCGGGACCCUGGGGACUUCCCGUCGUCGGCUAUCUUCCAUUCGUUGGAGUUCGACACGAGACCUUCCUGGAGCUGGCUCGCAGCUACGGUGCUCUAUUUUCUACACGUCUUGGCAACCAGCUAACUGUGGUGUUAAGUGACUAUAAAAUAAUUAGAGAAGCCUUUCGUCGAGAAGAGUUUACUGGCCGUCCCAGUACACCCCUCAUGAAUACCUUAGAUGGUCUCGGAAUUAUAAACAGCGAGGGUCGCCUCUGGAAAAACCAACGCAGGUUUUUGCACGAAAAGCUUCGUGAAUUUGGCAUGACAUACAUGGGCAAUGGAAAGAAAAUUAUGGAAGGAAGAAUUAAGACUGAAAUUGACGAAUUCAUGGCGAAUAUCUUUCUCGCUGAUGGGGCUCCAAUUGAUGCUAAUCCACUUCUCGCAUUGGGUGUUUCAAAUGUUAUAUGUGGCAUCACCAUGUCGCUGCGGUUUAGCACAGGUGAUGUCCGCUUCGAAAGGCUCAACCAUUUGAUUGAAGAAGGCAUGCGAUUAUUUGGCGAAAUUCACUAUGGAGAAUAUGUCCCUCUAUACAAUUAUCUACCCGGAAAAGCACAAGUCCAGGAAAAGGUAGCCAAGAACAGGGAGGAGAUGUUUUCGUUUUAUCAGACUCUUAUCAACGAACACAGAAGCACGCUCGACAUCGAAAACGCUCGCGACCUCAUAGAUGUGUACCUCAUUGAAAUUGAAAAAGCCAAGAUUGAGGGUCGGGAUCGGGAGUUGUUUGAAGGACGAGAUCAUGAACUCCAAUUAAAACAGAUCCUGGGCGACUUAUUCUCCGCCGGUAUGGAGACGAUUAAGUCGUCCCUGCUCUGGAUGAUUGUGUUCAUGUUGAGAAAUCCUGAUGUCAAGAGACGUGUUCAAGAAGAAAUUGAUAAUGUUGUUGGGCGAGAGCGUCUCCCAACCAUAGAAGACAUGCCGAGCCUGCCCUACACGGAGACAACUAUCUUGGAGACUCUGCGCAUGUCGAGCAUCGUCCCAUUGGCAACAGCGCACUCACCAACUAAGGAUGUUAAUCUCAAUGGCUAUCGUAUUCCUGCUGGGUCACAAGUAGUGCCUUUGAUCAAUUGCGUCCAUAUGGACCCAAAACUUUGGCAUGAACCCAAAACCUUCAACCCUAGCAGAUUCAUCGACGAAAAUGGAAAGAUCAGGCGGCCAGAGUUUUUUAUGCCAUUCGGGGUCGGAAGGCGAAUGUGCCUUGGUGACAUUCUUGCUCGGAUGGAGAUGUUUAUGUUCUUCGCGAGCAUGAUGCACCAAUUCGAUCUUCAAAUGGACGACGGGGAUGCUCUACCAUCGCUGGAGGGCACCGUGGGAGCAACGAUAGCUCCCCAUCCAUUUCAAGUGAAAUUCAUACCCCGAAGUAGACCAGCCCCUGCCGUAGUCUGUCCGCCUGACCAUACCCAUCUACGCCACGUUGGAGCUCGCUGAGUGUUCAGUCGUCUUCGCCGACACAUACCCACCAGUAUUCAAGAUCACUCGUUUUAGAGCGCAUCGAUGACAAUUAUAUUUAAGUUUAUUAUUAAGUGACGACAUCGCCGUAGCGAUGGUCGAGGCUGUGCAUAAAGUGUUCAAUUAUAUAUUAAUCCAAGCUAGUUUAGAUGUACGAAAAAUUCCCAUCGUUGAGAUUAUAAUUUUAAUUAUUAUUACGACAGUAUUAUUAGGUUUUUGAUCUUUAAGAUCGUUUCAAAUCACACAGAAUUGGAUCGAUUAUACAUAGUUCAUUGACAUUGUAAGCUCUAGAUCAUUAUACCAAAUUUUGUAUGUAUUGUAUAUCAACUGAAGAUCAUUAUUUAUUAGUACGAGUAGCGUCACUUGAGUGUUGUAUGUUGAGUGUGAUCUCAUCUUAGUUGUGUUAUGUGUGAGUUACUUAGGACUUAAGUUUUAUUCGUGUUCAUUUCAUACAUUUUAGUAAAAAAUAUUGUACCUAUCAGGAGUAAUAUACGUAGUAAUGCCCCGUGGGAGCAAAUCAACACUAGUCUAAGAGCGGGAAAUAUUAUCGCUUUAAUUAUAAUAUUAACUUUAAUUACAUAUUAAACUUUUCAAUAGUCUUUUGUACAAAGUGCAACAUAGUUGCUAUUACUGACAUAGUUUUUAAAUAUUAUGACUCACCAGUUAAAGUAAAUUACCAUUAUUUAUCCUCGCUUUGUUUAAUUGAGUUAUGUCUCAAGUGUUUGUAGAUUAAGUGAAAAUAUAAAUUAUAAAAUUCAUAAUAUG